CGUCGUCUCCGCGCGCGCGCGCGCUCGGGGAGGUGUGCGCACCCCAGCCCCGGCUCCCAGCCAGCCAGCCCCGCCGAGCCCCCCGCGGACCCCCGCCGGCCCCCCUGGGCCGCGAUGGAGGAACUCACGGCGUUUGUAUCCAAAUCUUUUGACCAGAAGACGAAGGAGAGCGGCGGCGGCGCCGGCGGCGGUGGUGGUGGUGCCGGCGGCGGCGGGAAGAAAGAUUCCAUCACCUACCGGGAAGUUUUGGAGAGCGGACUGGCGCGCGCCCGGGAGUUGGGGGCCUCGGACUCCAAUCUACAGGACAUAACGGACGCCGGCGGCCACUGCCCGGUGCAUUUGUUCAAAGACCACGCGGACAGCGACAAGGACAAGCUGAAGGAGUUUGGCACCGCGGGGAGGGUCACGGAAGGUCUCUACGACUGCAAGGAGAAGCGCGAGGACGUGAAGUCGGAGGACGAGGACGGGCAGACGAAGCUGAAACAGAGGCGCAGCCGCACCAACUUCACGCUGGAGCAGCUCAACGAGUUGGAGAGGCUCUUCGACGAGACGCACUACCCCGACGCCUUCAUGCGCGAGGAGCUGAGCCAGCGCCUGGGGCUGUCGGAGGCGCGCGUGCAGGUCUGGUUCCAAAACAGGAGAGCCAAGUGCCGCAAACAAGAGAACCAGAUGCAUAAAGGCGUGAUCCUGGGCACCGCCAGCCACCUGGACGCCUGCAGGGUGGCGCCCUAUGUGAACAUGGGCGCCCUGCGGAUGCCUUUCCAACAGGUCCAGGCCCAGCUGCAGCUGGAAGGCGUGGCGCACGCCCACCCGCACCUGCACCCGCACCUGGCGGCGCACGCGCCCUACCUGAUGUUCCCGCCGCCGCCCUUCGGCCUGCCCAUCGCCUCGCUGGCCGAGUCCGCGUCCGCCGCCGCCGUCGUGGCCGCCGCCGCCAAGAGCAACAGCAAAAACUCCAGCAUCGCCGAUCUCCGGCUGAAGGCGCGCAAACACGCCGAAGCUCUGGGACUCUGACCCGCCGCGCGCCCCCGCCCCGCCUCGCGCCCGCGCCCGCCCCGCACCCCGCCGCCCGCCCGCCCGCCCGCCCGCCCGCGCUGCGUCCUGCACUCGACCCCCUGCGCGCGCCCCCCUCGGCCACGCGGACUCCGGACCGGGCCCUGGCGCAGCGGCCUCCCUCCUCUUCCUGGCCAGAUAGGGGGACCCCCCCCCACGUUUGGCUGGGAGAGGGGGGCCUCCCGGGAACGCACGACCCCGCCAGACCCUCGCAGAGACUGGGCAGGAGAGAGACCUGGUGACUGGGAAACCCUCGGACCCAGCCCUCGACCUGGGACCCACGUGGCGCUCGGACUCGCUUCUCUCUUUCCGCUGCGCGCGCGCGCGCGCGCGCGCGUCUCUACCCCGUGCAUGCGGCCUCCUCCAUCCACACCUGUUCGAAGAUUAAGAUCCCAGCAGAGUCUGUUUCACACACACUCACACACACACACACACACACACA